CACUGGUUGAGUGUUGAAAGACCUCAAGCCAUAGGGCCUGAUCAAACCUUCUGGUGGAACACGUCUGGCCACACCUUACAUCCGAUGUUAUUCCAUGCGAGAUACCCUGUUUGGGACAGAUACAGCUCUUUACGGUUCUUCGCAGAAAGUAUCGUUCCGUAUCUUGGACCAGCUCGACUCUCCGGCGAAGGUGUGGCCCGAUGGCAAAGCUUUAUGACAGACGAUGGCAUUCCUGUAGAACUCAGUUGGGACUGGGGUUCAGGGAAACAGCAGCCAAAAAUAAGAUUAUCAGUUGAGCCUGUCGGUCCUUCAGCCGGGAUAGAGGUUGAUCCUCUUAACCAGUGGGCAGUAGCUCAGUUCCAUCAUUAUACUAUUAUGAGAAAUCCUCGGUCCGACUUCGCAUGGUACACCCAUUUUUCCGACAUUUUCCGCGGCAAAGACGCUACAAUAGCGUUGACGAAAACUGAAGGCCAUUUGUCUCAAAUAUUCUACGCCUUCGAUCUAGAUCGCAGCAGCACUAUGGCCAAGGCAUAUUUUUUCCCGAAAUGGCUGGCAUACCACUGCAAUGCACCUGCCUGGAAUGUUAUCUCCGCUGCCAUCAAGACCGCACCAAGUUGCAACUCAGAGAAUCUCCAGGUCUUGAGUGUCUUAGAUGGCUUCUUCAACGAGAGUUACGGUCGAAGACUGGAGUUUGAAAUGCUUUCAACUGAUCUAUUGCGUCCCGCAACCGCUCGUCUCAAAAUCUACUUUCGCUCACGAGACGUGUCUAUUUCAUCGGUAGAACAUAUAAUGUCAAUUAGAGGCGUUAUUUUAUCCCAUUCUUUGAAAAAGGGAAUCCGAAAUAUUAGGCGACUUUGUAGCCUCUUAGUUAGUUCAAACGGCAUUCUUGAGGAAUUCCUUGAUUCUACAGCCCAUCGAACUUCGGGCCUGUUAUACUACGCUUCAUUCCGACUAGGUGACGCCAUUCCGAGUAUCAAGCUUUACAUACCAGUGCGUCACUUUGUCAGUGAUGAUGAGAGUGUGCGCAAAGCUGUAGAGGAAUUUCUAGUAGAACAGGGAAAAGCCCAGCGCGUCCAACAGUACGUACUACUAACCGUACUUUACAGUCUGUACUUAGUUUUUGUUAGUACGUAUCCUAUAGAAAUCUUGCUGUAA